CCAUUUCCUUCACCUUUUUUCUCUUUCAUUUCUUCUCUCCCAGUAUCUAAAAAUGGCCGCCUCAGUCGUUAACCGGCAGUACGGCCAUCUCGAACCCAAUCUGAACGGAGGCGUCCACGGCUACCGAACCUCCUCCAAUUCCCGGCCACCCUCGCCGUUCCGGAGCUCCAACUUUCCUCCGAACACAGCUACUGAACAUGCCUUCGCGGUUCAAAUGGACGAUUCGUCGAGUGAAGAUGAAAACGAAUUUGAUUGGUCGGACCAUCUUGGCAACGUUAACAACGAGGUUGAACCAUCAAUCUUCGAUUCUCGUGAUCAAGGAACCGCCGACAACUGGGUCGAGCGUAACCCGUCAUUGAUUCGACUCACCGGUAAGCACCCAUUUAAUUGUGAGCCGCCUUUGACUCGGUUGAUGCACCAUGGGUUCAUUACUCCAGUGCCACUUCACUACGUUCGCAACCACGGGCCGGUUCCAAAGGCAACGUGGGAGGAAUGGACCUUCGAAGUGACCGGUCUAGUCAAGCGACCAAUCCGGUUCACCAUGGACCAGCUCGUGAACGAAUUCCCAAGCACGGAAUUCCCGGUCACGCUUGUUUGCGCCGGAAACCGGCGAAAAGAACAAAACAUGGUUAAACAUACCAUCGGUUUUAACUGGGGAGCCGCUGGGGUUUCUACUUCGGUGUGGCGCGGUGUACGGUUAAGAGAUGUGCUCAAGCGUUGUGACAUCUAUAGCCGUCGGAUGGGAGCGAUGAACGUGUGUUUUGAAGGAGCUGAAGAUUUACCUGGUGGUGGUGGGUCCAAGUAUGGUACAAGCAUCAAGAAAGAGAUUGCGAUGGAUCCAUCACGGGAUAUCAUAUUAGCUUAUAUGCAAAAUGGAGAGCUGUUGAAGCCGGACCAUGGAUUCCCGGUGCGGAUGAUCAUACCAGGAUUUAUUGGUGGCAGGAUGGUAAAAUGGCUGAAACGUAUAAUCGUCACCACCAAAGAGUCGGAGAAUUACUAUCACUAUAACGAUAAUAGGGUCCUUCCGUCACACGUGGAUGCCGAGCUAGCUAACGCCGAAGCUUGGUGGUACAAGCCUGAGUACAUCAUCACCGAGUUGAACAUUAACUCGGUAAUUACAACGCCGUGUCACGAUGAGAUCUUGCCGAUUAACUCGUGGACAACUCAGAGUUCUUAUACUUUGAAGGGCUAUGCUUAUACUGGUGGAGGGAAGAAAAUUACACGUGUUGAGGUGACAAUGGACGGUGGAGAGACAUGGAUGGUGUGCAACUUAGACAUUCAGGAGAAACCCAACAAAUAUAUGAAAUACUGGUGUUGGUGCUUCUGGUCCCUUGAAGUGGAGGUGGUGGACCUAAUUGGUGCCAAAGAGUUUGCUGUGAGGGCUUGGGAUGAAGCCCUCAAUACUCAACCUGAGAACCUCAUUUGGAAUGUCAUGGGAAUGAUGAACAACUGCUGGUUCAGAGUGAAGAUGAACGUGUGCAAGCUACACAAGGGUGAGAUUGGUAUCAUGUUUGAGCACCCGACCCAACCGGCAAACCAACCAGGCGGGUGGAUGACCCGACAAAAGCAUGUUGAGACGUCUGAAAGUAACCCUGCCUUGAAAAAGAGCUUAUCCACUCCUUUCACGAAGACAUCCUCCAAAGUGAUAUCCAUGUCCGAGGUGAAUAAGCACAACUCGGACGAGUCACCUUGGAUCGUCGUCCAUGGCCAAGUCUAUGACUGCACCAAGUUCCUUAAGGACCACCCUGGUGGGUCAGAUAGCAUCCUUAUCAAUGCCGGAACCGACUGUACCGAAGAAUUUGACGCGAUCCACUCCGAAAAAGCAAAAAAAAUGCUCGAAGAUUAUUGGAUCGGAGAACUCAGUACCACCACCGGUUACAAUUCUCCAAUCCAUAAUUCGUCUAGUGACAUAACUAAAACGAAAAACCUUGCUCUGAUACCAGGUGAAAAGAUCCAAUGCAAGCUCAUUUCCAAGACUCAACUCUCCUACGAUUCCCGUCUCUUCCGAUUCGCAUUGCCAUCAGAAGAACAAGUCCUUGGACUGCCGGUAGGGAAGCACAUUUAUCUUUGUGCUACCAUAAACGAAAAGCUUUGUAUGCGUGCAUACACUCCAUCAAGCUCAAUUGAUGAGGUUGGCUACUUUGAUCUUGUUGUUAAGGUCUACUUCAAGGGUAUAAACCCUAAAUUCCCAAAUGGAGGUCUAAUGACACAAUUCUUGGAUAAUCUUCCCUUGGGUGGAACCCUAGACAUUAAAGGUCCAUUGGGACACAUUGAGUAUACUGGCCAAGGUAACUUCAUAGUCCAUGGAAAGCACAAAUUUGGAAAGAAGCUAGCAAUGAUAGCUGGAGGGACAGGAAUCACUCCUAUCUAUCAAGUUAUCCAAGCAAUCUUGAAGGAUCCAAAGGAUGAAACAGAGAUGUAUUUGGUGUAUGCAAAUAGAACAGAAGAUGAUAUAUUGUUGAGAGAUGAAUUGGAUUCGUGGGCUGAGAAGCAUGAGAGGUUGAAGGUAUGGUAUGUGGUGGGGAAAUCAAUCAGGGAAGGGUGGAAGUACAGUGUAGGGAGAGUUACAGAGAGUAUUCUUAGAGAACAUGUUCCAGAAGGAGGAUCAAGUGAUAUGUUGGCAUUGGUAUGUGGGCCAGCACCAAUGAUUCAGUUUGCAGUGACACCCAACUUGGAGAAGAUGAACUAUGAUGUUAAGAACUCAUUACUUGUGUUUUGAAGUGUGAUGAGGAUGGCUAGGGUUCUAGUGUUGUUGUAUGUAUAUAGUAGUGGUUCACAUGAUCUGUUCUACCCUUUUUUGCCUUAUUUUU